AUGGAAAAAUACAAUCUGACAGUGGUACACGAGUUCAUUCUGAAAGGCAUCACAUCACGCCCUGAACUGCAGGCUCCAUUAUUUGGGCUGUUCCUCAUCAUCUACGUGAUCUCAGUGCUGGGCAACUUGGGCAUGAUCAUCCUCACCAAGGUGGACCAGAGCCUGCAAACACCCAUGUACUUUUUUCUUAGACACCUGGCUACUACAGAUCUUGGUUAUUCUACAGUUGUGGGCCCAAAAAUGUUGGUAUGUUUUGUUGUGGAUCAGAAUACCAUCUCCUAUUAUUUGUGUGCUACACAGCUAGCUUUCUUUCUUGUGUUCAUUGCUUCUGAACUUUUUAUUCUAUCCGCAAUGGCUUAUGACCGCUAUGUGGCCAUCUGUAACCCUCUCCUCUACUCAGUCAUCAUGUCACAGAAGGUAUGUCAUAUACUAGUAGCAGUUCCCUAUCUCUACAGUACAUUUGUGUCCCUUCUGGUCACCAUAAAGAUUUUCACCUUACCCUUCUGUGACUACAAUGUCAUCAGUCAUUUCUACUGUGACAGNGUGGCUGAUUUACCUUAUAUUUGCUCCAUGUGUUCUGACACCCAGCCCUACCUAGUCUUUUUGCUUUUCCAAACUCUGGACUUGCUCAGUGCAAUGNNNAUUGUCCUUGUGUCCUACCUGCUUAUCCUAAUAGCCAUUCUCAGGAUGAAGUCUGCUGAGGGCAGGCGCAAGGCUUUCUCCACCUGUGGAUCCCACCUGACAGUGGUCAUGGUGUUCUAUGGGACUUUGAUAUUUAUGUAUAUGCAGCCCAAGUCCAGGCACUCAUUCAUCUCCAUUAAAAUGGCUUCCAUAUUUUACACCCUAGUUAUCCCCAUGUUAAAUCCCUUGAUCUAUAGCUUGAGAAAUAAAGAUGUGAAAUAUGCUCUGCAAGGAAUAUGGAAAAAGAUAUGUCACAUUUAA